UUCGACGUCACAAUAUGGCCGUGGUUUUCUAGAGAAUGUUUUCCCAUUCAUCAGAAGAGAAGACAUUUUCUGGUUUACGGUUUGUUUGCGUGAUUAUCCAAUGCAGAUUUGCUUAUCUGCUUGGUACUCAUUAAUUGUCUCUAGAUUGAAUCCCGGUCGCCGGAGUCCCUCACGACCCAUAAAUAUCGAUUUUCGAAAAAUCCUAUAUUCAGCUAACACUGACUAGUGUAAAAUUAGGGAGUGCGUUUCUCUUGUGAAAUCAAUCAAAAACCUGGUUGCUUUCUCCGGAGAAUUCGAUUUGAAAAGUACCCUGAAAAAAAGAAAUGUCUAGGCAUGAAGGUGUCAGCUGUGAUUCUUGUAUCAAAGGAAAUUUUAGGGGUUUACGGUUCAAAUGUUUGAUAUGCUAUGACUAUGAUCUGUGUGCAACUUGUUAUGAAGCAGGAGCAACGAACACACGCCACACUGCAGAUCAUCCCAUGCAAUGCAUACUCACUAGAUCAGACUAUGAUACUUUUUAUGGAGGGGAGUCAAUCAGCUCAGAUACAACCCAGUCUUUCACAUGUCCUUAUUGUGGCAAGCUUGGAUACACUGAAACAGGGUUGUAUGAUCAUGUAACAGCAGACCAUACAGAGACCCCUUAUGAAGUGGUAUGUCCCAUAUGUGCGUCUUUACCGGGUGGAGAGCCAAAUCAGGUUACCGAAGAUUUUGCUGCCCAUCUUACCAUGGAACAUCGUGGUGGCAUUAUUGGCAAUAAUGGUGUUUUACGAGAAGAAGAACCAGGAGGAAUCGGUCGAGGUGUACGUCGUAUUCCGCAUCCAGCUCGUGGAUCAUCUGGCCCCAGAACACGAAGACCUAACAUGCACUUUACUUCUACAGGGUCUGUUCUGACAUCGUCGGGAAGUACGCCUGGAUCUAACUCCAGUUCAUCGAGAGAGCGGGAUCGGGAACGCGAAAGAGAGGCGAUGGAUCCGAUAGCCGAACUUCUCUCUCAACUGAGUGGGGUACGACGAGGACUUAGUGGUGUAUCUGGUGCUUCCGGACUAGGUAGCGUUCUCGGUUUGGGCGCGCUAGGAUCAUUAGGUGGAGCUCUGGGCUCACUAGGAGCCAAUUUAAGUGGUCCGUCGCCUGGGUCCUCCAGUUCUGGCUUGCCAACACCUUCCGGCAGAGGAAGACUAUUAGGAUUAGUUGGAAGAGACAAUGCGGGAGCGUUUAGUGAAUUAGUCAGUAACGGAGCAAGUGGACAGUCCCAGCCGCAGUUAGAACGACAUCAGGCGCUGAGACUGCCACGGCGACAGACACAAGUCAUAUCAGCACCAUCAACGUUCUCAUCAACGAAUGUUAAUACCGGUGCGGCACCUAAUGGUUCCGGUUCUGUUGUACCCACCAACAUUUCAGUCGGUAGCCGCGAUUCUACGAGCAAUUCCCAUUUACUCUUAUCAAGGUUGGGAAAUGUACUAAAAGACGAUAGGAAGGAGUCGAACAGUAAAACCUGUCAGGAUCGAAGUCUCUUUAUACAGGAUCUAAUCCUUUCAACUCUAGCUGCUGGAUUUGAAUUGGACAUUGACAGAGAUCUGACCACUCCUUUGUCUAGUGUCGACCUAUCUCGGGAUGUUUUGCCUACUGAUCCUCCUCCUAAGAAUGACCUUACAUCGACAAGGGCGAAUCAUGUUGGUGGGGCACCUGUGACAUCGACCACAAGUACUACACUGGGCACAGUGGGAAUCUCUGCCGCCGAUACUAUGGUUGUCUCACCCUCAACGUCAGUUACUGCUGCGUCCGCUUUCCCAGAAGGUUCAUCCAACAGUCGACCUGCAACUGUUAUUAGUAGCUCUCCAUUGUCAACAAGACCCAAGCAAACGGUUCAUCACAACGAACCGAAAGGUUCUGGUAACUCAACGUCCACUGUAACUGGACGACGAGUAACUCAUCACCAGGCGCCAACUUCGAGUAUGCGCGUCUCCAGUGCCUCUUCUUCAAACUCGUUAUCGUCAUCGUCUCGGCCGCCUGUUCACAGCUCGACUGGUGGGGUCGGUAGUGGGUCCGUCGGCUCUAUGGUUCGAUCUAGAAGUCAUGGCACCAACGGAGCUAGUGGGGCGACUGGGUCUAGCACUGGAGCGCCCAGUGGAUUGUUAAGAAAGCCUGUCCGGCCGCAGACCAGUCAUCCCCCGCCUCCCCCUUCCUCUCACUAAUGUAUUGUUUUCCGAUAUUUGCUUUUGUCUUCGUCUGAGAAUCGUGGGCGAGGGUAAAACGGAUGACCAAGAAAGUGUCCAAGAAGAUAUCCGUCGCCCUAUUUGGUUGGUAAUCUUUAAACCCUGUCCGCUACCCUUCGCACUCCUCUGGAAGUGCCUGACUGGAACAAACACAAACUGACGCUAGACUUCUACUGUGCGAAUAGAGGAAAAUGGAGACAGAAAUAAGCAAAUAAUUAAAGUUAAAGAAUGAUGAUUGUUUGGAUCUUUUAAACUACGGAAAAACUGUUAGGGCCAUUAUUAUUCAGUGUGAUGGCUGCCAAAUGUAAGAAAAUGCCCUAUCCCACCUUCCGAUAAACCUGUGAAGGAUUUGGAUUGCAGCAGCCGUGUAGCAUAUAUAUAUUCACAAAUAAGAAAGGAAAAAAAAAAAAAAAAAAACGACAGCUUUCAAGAUUUUUUCUUUUUCUCCUUUCAUUUCUUUACUUUAUUGAUAAAGAAACUUCUUGAUUUCUUAUGUUACUAAUUUUACUGCGCUAAGCUGAAUGUUGAUUUGCUUUGUAGGUAACGCACUCUAAGUUUUGUAUCUGGCUGUUUUCCCUUUUUUUUUUUUUUUUUUUCUUUCAAUUUUUGCUCCCAUUUCACUUAUGCAUAAAUAUUAUAUUAUACAAUAGGGAAUUUUCCGGGCCUUAAUGUCUUCUUUCACAACCAGCUGCUGGCUAGUCGAAGUGUAGAGAGAUUGAAGGAGGCGAGAGACAGAGGAAAGUUCUAUGAACUGAUAUUUUGGAAAAUGAAAUGUUUGUUAAUCACAGAUACACACGCAAACACGUGCCCAACUUAGCCGUCAGACGCUGGUCUUUUACACCUGGCAUUGUUAUUAUUAUUAAUUUUUUUUAAUAAAUAUGAUUCCCAGGAUGACACGUCGGACUGCCAUCGAUUCGAAUCGACAAUUGAGUUACUGAAUUCUGAUUGACCGAUUCUUUUCUUUUUGAAUUCGUCUCCUCUUUUAAAUUGUAUAUCCAGCAGAUCAUUGGCAUUAAAUUAUGAAAACUCUGUUUCCCAACGUCAUCAAAACGGUCUUUCUGUGUUGAUCAUUUCUCCAUCCUUUGAGCCUUUUUACUGAGUUUGUUCCCUGGCGACCGCCUCCCCAUUUUUCUCCUUCCCUUCCUUUUUUUAUAGUGGAAAUAAUUUGUUUCAUUGAAUCGAUUGUAUUUGCAGUCCAUGGCGCGCAUAAAUGUAAUUUCUUUAAAUAGUGGUCACAUGAUGGAUUGCCUAUAACAAUAAAUUCAUUCAUCUAACA